GUGGGACCGGAAGUGAUCCGAGCUCGGGGACUCCAGGGUCAGGGGCCUGGCGUCGGUCUCCGGGGGAUGUGGAGAGUGGGCAGCAUGUCGGCGGAGCUGGGCAUCGGGUGUGCGCUGCGGGCAGUGAACGAGCGCGUGCAGCAGGCGGUGGCGCGGCGGCCUCGGGAUCUCCCGGCCAUCCAGCCCCGGCUCGUAGCAGUCAGCAAAACCAAGCCUGCAGACAUGGUGAUCGAAGCCUACAGUCACGGCCAGCGCACUUUUGGAGAGAACUACGUUCAGGAACUGCUAGAAAAAGCAUCAAAUCCUAAAAUUCUGUCUUCGUGUCCUGAGAUCAAAUGGCAUUUCAUUGGCCACCUACAGAAACAAAAUGUCAAUAAAUUGAUGGCUGUCCCCAAUCUCUUCAUGCUGGAAACAGUGGAUUCUAUGAAGUUGGCUGACAAAGUGAACAGUUCCUGGCAGAAAAAAGGUUCUCCAGAAAGGUUAAAGGUUAUGGUCCAGAUCAACACCAGUGGAGAGGCGAGUAAACAUGGCCUUCCCCCCUCAGAGACACUGGCCGUGGUGGAGCACAUAAAUGCCGAGUGUCCCAGCCUGGAAUUCGUGGGGCUGAUGACCAUAGGAAGCUUUGGGCAUGAUCUCACUCAAGGACCAAAUCCAGACUUCCAGGUGCUGCUGUCCCUCCGGGAGGAGCUGUGUGAGAAGCUGCACGUGGCCCCCGGGCAGGUGGAGCUGAGCAUGGGCAUGUCCAUGGACUUCCAGCACGCGAUUGAAGUAGGAUCCACAAAUGUCCGAGUAGGAAGCACCAUUUUUGGAGAGCGGGAUUACUCAAAGAAACCUGCCCCGGACACUUCCACAGCGGACCUGGAGGCCCCAGCUGUGACUCAGGAGCACUAAGCCCAGGAAUAACCCAGAAGACAAACUGUGCACUAACCUAGGUUUUCGUUUGGAUAGUCCCUGUGUCACAGCACAGUCCUGCGCCCCUGUGACUGGCAGAGCAAGCACCAGUGAUCACGUGUGUCGAUGGAAACCAUCUGUCUCAGUAUCUGACAUAGGAAACUCACUUCAAGCCAUGGCUUGGGAUUGAAUUUGUGAAAUUCAGACAUUUCAGGACCAGGCAAGGUGGCUCACACCUGUAAUCCCAGCACUUGGGAGGCUGAGGUGGGUGUAUUGCCUGAGCUCACAAAUUUGAGACCAUCUGAGCCAGAG